AUGCCCACCAUCAGACUACAGUCGUCGGACGGCGAAAUUUUCGACACCGAUGUACAGAUCGCGAAAUGUUCCGGAACCAUCAAAACGAUGCUGGAAGAUCUGGGUAUGGACGAGGGCGACGAUGAGGUCGUACCGCUGCCGAACGUCAAUUCCGCCAUCUUGCGAAAGGUACUUCAGUGGGCCACCUUCCACAAGGAUGAUCCGAUUCCGGUUGAAGACGACGACAGCAAAGAAAAGCGCACGGACGACAUUAGUUCGUGGGAUGCCGACUUUCUGAAGGUGGACCAGGGUACCCUGUUCGAGUUGAUCCUGGCAGCGAACUAUUUGGACAUUAAGGGGCUGCUAGAUGUGACGUGCAAGACGGUGGCAAACAUGAUCAAGGGCAAAACCCCGGAAGAGAUUCGUAAGACGUUCAAUAUCAAGAACGACUUCACCCCGGCAGAGGAGGAACAGGUUCGCAAGGAGAAUGAAUGGUGUGAAGAGAAGUAG